UGUUUUAUUUUUAAAUCAUAAUAUCAAAUAUUAUAAAUAUACGAUCCAAAUUAAUUAAUUUAAUUUAAUAUGGAAAUAUCAAAAAUGAGUUCUAAAAAAAAUCUAUGGAAAUUUAAUAAUAAAUACCAGUUACAUGUUACAAUUUCUACUAUUGAUUCAACAAAUUUAACAGAAGAAAUAAUAGAUGAAAGAAUAGUUAAUAUAAAAGAUAAAGAAAAAAGAAAAAAAGCUUAUGGUAUAUGUGGAGAAUGUAAAGAACCUGGUACAGGAGAACGUUGGUGUCAAAAUUGUAAUUCAAAAAGAUUUAAAAAUAAUUUUAAAAAUUGGACCAGUAAAAAUAAUGAUAUUGAUGAAUUUAUUCAACAAUCACAAAUUAAUUCUGUUCAUUAUAUGAAAUAUCUUGAAUGGAUACCUUUUAAAAAUUUUAAAGAUAUUAUUUAUAUUACUAAAGGUGGAUUUGGUAAAAUAUAUUCUGCUAAAUGGAUUGAAGGAAAUAUUAUUUCUUGGGAUAUUGAAAAUCAAGAAUGGGAAAGAAAUAUUAAUCAAAAUGUUAUAUUGAAAAGUUUAGAUAAUUCUUCUUCUUGUAUAACAACAGAUUUUUUAAAUGAGAUUAAAUCCCAUCUUCAAAUUUAUCUUGUGGAUGUAAUUCAAUGUUAUGGAAUUACUCAAGAUCCAAAUACAAAAGAUUAUAUGAUGGUUUUAUUUUAUUGUGAUGGUGGAAAUUUGAGAAAUCAUUAUUUAAAUAAUAAGUUAGGAUAUUAUGUAAAAAUUUAUAAUUUAAAACGAAUUGCAAGUGGACUUUUAGAUAUUCAUAAUGCAGGUAAAAUUCAUAAAGACCUUCAUUCAGGGAAUAUAUUAUUUAAUUAUAUUCCAUAUAUAAGUGAUUUAGGUAUGUGUCAACCAGUAAAUGAUGAAAAGAAAUCAAUCGAAAAAAAAGGAAUUUAUGGAGUAUUACCUUAUAUGGCACCAGAAGUUUUACGUGGAUAUCAAUAUACUAAAGCAUCUGAUAUUUAUUCAUUUGGAAUAAUAAUAAAUGAAUAUAUAUCUGAAGAAAUUCCUUAUAAUAAUAUACCUCAUAAUCAUGCAUUAACUAUUAAAAUAUGUAAAGGACUUAGACCAAAUAUUUUUAAAUAUACACCAAAAUUACUUACAGAUUUGAUUACUAAAUGUUGGGAUGCUAAAGAAGAUAAUAGACCAACUGCCAAAGAAAUAUAUCAAAAGUUAAAUGAUUGGUGUAAUAAAAAAUAUGAAGAUAGUUUUCAAAUAGUUGAAUAUAAUAAUGAAAUCAGAUUUAAAAGAUCAAGUGAAAAUUUUAAUAAUAUUCAAAUACAUCCACAAGCAAUCUAUACUAGUAGAUUUUUAAAUUUUAAAGAUCUUCCAGAACCAGUAAAUUCAGAAUGUUUUGAUUGUCAAUUAGACGAAUCAGAUCUCAAUGAAGAUAAUUAAUAAGAAUCGAAGGGUGAUAGUUAAACAUAUUAAAUUAUUUUGUAUAUUACGUCUUGUUCAUUAUAAUAUUAUUACUUUUAUUAUAUUAUUAUUAUUUUUUAUUUUGUAUAGAUGAUAUUAAGAUUAUUUCUUAAAAAAUAAAAUAUAUACUAUUGCCGUAUGUUACAUUUCUAUCGCUA